AUGGCUAACUAUGGGGCUCUGAGGACAGAGGUGAAGAAGGCGGUGGAGGCCCUGCUGGCUUUCGCCAGAAGCAAGGCCAAGGGAGACGCGCUGCUCCUCAACGAGAGCGAGAACGUCCACCUCCUGGUGACCGUCUGGAAGGUCCCGCGGGCGGCACAGAUCAUCAAAAUACCGCUGCCCCAUGGCAUUCGACCAGAAACAGCUGAGGUUUGCCUGUUCACAAAGGACGAACCAAAUUUAUCAGCAGAACAGACUGAAAAUCUGUACAGGAAACUUUUAACCCAGAAUGGGAUCAGAGGUGUUAGCCAGAUCAUCUCAUACAAAACUCUCAAAAAGGAGUAUAAACUAUUUGAAGCAAAGCGUCGCCUCCUGAACAGAUUUGAUCUCUUUUUGUCUGAUGACCGAAUUAGAAGGCUUUUGCCCUCGCAUCUAGGAAAACACUUUUAUGAAAGGAAAAAGGCACCUUUAUCUGUAAACCUGAAAGCCAAAAAUCUUGCUAAGGAACUACAAAAACAUAUCCAGGGGACUGCGCUCCCAGUUACCAACAAAGGAUGCUGUUAUACAGCACGUAUAGGUCACACUGGAAUGAAGGCUGAUGAUAUACUAGAUAAUGUCAUUGCAGCAGCUGAGGUGAUUGCCAAGAAGUUACCAAAGAAUUGGAAAAAUAUAAAAGUUCUUCACCUCAAAACACUUAAAUCAGUUGCACUUCCGAUUUUUACUGCAAAUAUCUCCAACUUGGAUGAGCUUGACAGAGAGCCAUCUCUCAAAAAAAAGGAAGUAAAGAAGGGAAAGAACAAGAAUCCAAAGAAGGCAGCUAAAAAACAGAAUUCAAGUCAAGUCACUUUGACAACUGACAUUAAUGGUGCUGAUGCUGCUGCUACCAAGGAGCUUGCGAUAAAAGAGAAAGAAGUAGUCCAAGAACCAGGUGAUCACGAUGAUGAUGGUGAUGAAGAAAUUCCACAACUGGUGCCUAUGCAAACAAUCAGCUUAGCUGAGCUGAAGAAAAUGGAACCAACUCCAGAAAAAGGUGAAGACCUGAGCAAGAAAACGAAAACACCCCUCAGUAAGAGAAAGAAACAACCUCUAGCUCUGGAAACUCCAAAAACAAAACAUAAAGUUACAGAAGAGUGUGCAGACUUGCAGACAUCGCCAAAACAGAAAAAAGCCAAGCAGCUCAGCAUGCCAAAGGAAGCAAUAAAAGAAAAAGAGAUGAAAAAGACACCCAAAAAGCCUGAAGCAAAGUCUUUUGCAACACCCAAGGCUGGCAAAUCAGUACAGUCAGCCAAGAAGUCUUCAAAAACACCAAAGCAAACACCCAAGAAAGCGCGCAGGCCACAGUCAGCAUGAAUGUCUGUUGUAACGCAUUUUAUAUAGUCACUCAGGAGUGUCUUUUUAGUAAACAUAUAUUGAUGAAGUAAAAUACCUUCUUAAGAAAAUCUGAUCCCAAGAGCUUUUUUCACUGAGACCUGUAAUGAUUCAUUUGUGUUUCCUUCUAAUUGACGAGCUGGAACAAAUAAAAUCAUGAUCUUAACUGGCUCUGUUUCUUAGCUUUUAUCUUUUCCUGGCCCAAACUAAAAGCACUCAAACAAGUGCCUAAGGGCAGGGAGGUGACUAUGCCAGAAAAACUAAGAAAUACUUUAUAAAUGACAUCUUUCUGAAGCAUGACAUAGUACUGGAACAAACAAGGGCUGAAACAAGAAGCAUGCAUAUGAAGAGCAGCAAUCUAUUUAACAUGUGGUUGAAAAUGUGAAAUAGCAGCUACCAUUUUUUCUUAAUUUGUUCAAUAUAACGAAAACAGGUUGACAUAUAUCAAUCUUAUUCCAGAUACUUGAGUUAGCAGCUAGAUAACAAGCCAAGCUUAAUGUAUUUUUUUUACCUAUUUUUAACCUAGGGUAUUUGCGUGUUUAAAAAAAAAUUAAAAAGCCUGGACAAAUUUAUCAUUUAUACUUUAUGAUAUCAAGCAAAAUCUCCUUACCUUCACUUUUGGGCUUUAUUUCUGCUACCAGAACAAUUGAGGGUAUCCCUUCAUGAUGGUCGCAAUACUGUUGUUUCUUCCAUCUGAAAACCACCAAAGGCUGUGUGAAUU